CUUUACCCUUUCUCUCUCUCCAUCUCUCUCUUGUUUCCCACCGUACUGCUCCGCUUGCGCAAAGCGAAAGCAGCAUCGGAAAGUCUCAGGCAGCUCCCGCUCUGUUCACGCUUCACUUCACAGCGUGUCAGCAACGGAGAGGGGAGGGAGGAGACGAGAGAGAGAGUGAGGGGGCGAGGGAAACCCGAACCCAUGACUUCCGCGUAUUUUCCUCUCUCUGGUCUCGCAUCUCAAGCCACCCUGAGUGGUAUAAAAAGACCUGGGUUAUGCUGCUUCAUUUCAAACUCAGAGCAGGAACUUAAUAGCCUAUAUGCAGCCCAAUCCAGUUCGAUUUGGAUAUUAAAGAAUUUACCGGUAAACCGAAGUCAUAACGUGGUUAGCCAACGUCCGAAGAAGGAUUUUACAUGUUUUGGGGUCCUCUUGUUUUCCUGCAGUGGACAGUUCUUCUGGCCCGGUUCUUCUGACCGACUCGGAGAAUUCUGUAGAGCUUCUGGGAUCGACACACUCACCCACUCCAGUUUCCUUCUGGAACUCUGUGUGUUCACCGGGAACCCGAGAUGGAUGUGGAAUCUCAGAAAAGCGCACGCCCCGGUGGACGGUGCCUGGACGUUUUCUUGGUCGGUUCUGUCGUUUUGCUCUUCCUGGCGGUGGCGACAGUUGUUGUCAUGGGAACUUUGGCUCUUGUGGAGCUACGGUCAGAGAUCGGGGUUCAACCUUAUGUUGUGGAUAUGCAAGGUACAUCGGAGACGCACCAUGGCGUGCCCCGUCCCAAGCCCGCGUACAAGAUGCAGAACUUGGCCUACGUGCAGCUCACCUCCGCCACGAUGGAGAACAGCACAAUGUCCUGGUCCCAGGUCGAACAUGGACUGGAGUCCUCUGUUGGAGAUCUGUACAAAUACAACCUUCAGCAACACACAUUACAAACCAAGCAGGAUGGCUUCUACUUCCUGUACCUGGACCUCCAGCUCACCUGUACCGCCAAAUGUGGGCGGGGCAUCCUCGUCGUCCAGCUUGCAAGUCACGGUGACGAAAAGCUCACCUGCCAGGUGGAGCUCCCAGAGUGGUCAGAGUCAAACCCUGUGACAACGGUAACCAGGAAGUGCUGGAAGGUGACACGACUGGACUCAAAGAGCCGGUUGAUGGGCCGUAUGGUGGUGCCGAAAGCGCAGGACACGUUCUGGAAACUGGACGGGAACGGAUCCGGAAUGGGAGUUUUCUUAGUGGCUUGAUAUGGGCCACUUUCAGUACGGUCAACUUUGUGAAACUUUGCAGAUCGAGAUGCCGUGAACAGAGCCGACGUUAUUCCUUCGGUAAGAUGUCGCGGAGGCAGAACGUUCUACAUUGCUACUAUCUGAACAUUCCCGAAACGUUGCGUCCUACUGAACGCACCCCUGGGAUGGAAGUUAGGGCUCCGCCACAGACGAAGGGAAGGAGACGAGAAAAGGAAGCGAGCCAAGGGUACUGAGAUGCACACCAUCUAGGAGAACUUGCAGACAGAGAGAGUCGUCCCACCAUGCACUGUUUGUGGACUUUGACCUCUGUCGCUCAGGGCAUCUCCAUGGAAACAAUUUAAACUAAACAAUUCAGGUCUAUUUAUAUGGAUAUUUAUUGAAUGUAUAUUGGAUCGAAUGUACGUCAUAUAUAUUUAAUGUAUGAACAUGAUGUGUAUUUAUAUAUUUGUACUCAGGGUUACAAUGUGUUGUUUAUUGUCAUGUGUAGAUGCUACUACGUUGGUGCUGGUGUGUUUGAGGGGAGAAUUGUGAAGUGUGUGUGUGUGGGGGGGCAGACUUAUACCAUACACAUGAUAUACUGUGUAUAUACAUGGAUACAUGAUAUCAUUGAUUUGAUAUGCCUGAUUACCGUUGCUUGGCAACCACAGUAACCUCCUCAGAGUCUUCAAGGUUGUGUUCUGUUCUGGAACAACAACAAAAUGGACUCUUAUAUUUUCGUAAAGGGAGAAACUCAGCGAUACGUCAUAGGUGCAGAAUGUUUUCAGCCUGGUGGGUUCUCCGCUGUUCCCGUGGCAACCACAUUGUGACCACAGCGUGAAGCCAACCCGUACACAGAUACUGUGUGAGACUGAAGACGUGCAUCUCCCUCAGCUCAAUACACGCCCGUGUUGCUCGUGGCAGUCUAACUCUGAACAUUGUUUCCUACGAUAUGAUUGGCUGUUGGCCGGCCGGCCAGCCUCUGAGGUACUGUACUCACUGAGUGAGAGAAUGAAUGAGCUUAGUCACACAGUUCAGCCGGCAUCCCAAAUGGCACCGUCAUUCCAUAUAUAGGGCCCUACCCUUGACUAGAGUCUAUAGGGUAGUAGUGCACUAUAUAGGAGCAGGAUGCCAUUUGGAACGGAGGCAUGGGCUUCCAAUCCACUGUGGGCGUGUCCACGGAGGCAUGGGCUUCCAAUCCACUGUGGGCGUGUCCAUGGAGGCAUGGGCUUCCAAUCCACUGUGGGCGUGUCCACAGCUCAUGUCAGGAGGAACUAUGUGACAUCAUCAUAUUUGUGGACGACAUGAUUUCAUUUGCACAGGUCACUAUGACCAAUUGAUGAAUGUUUUUAUUUAUAAAUGAGGUGUUUACUAUGUGUUAUUUAUGUAUUAUUUAUGUUUAAUUGACUGUGUUUAUGCUGAACUAGGUAAUAAACCUGGAUAUACACAA